AUCAUGGACGGAAGCACGGGGGCUACCACCUACCUUAGCCUUUGCACAGUACCAUUAGGUCCUACGAUACCGCUUGGUGACGGCCAAGGCUCAAGGGAACCAACGAACGAAACAUGCUCACGCUCCUACUCCCUCGCUCGCUCGCUGGUUCACACUCUUGGAGCAAGACAAGACAGAGUUGUAUCGGCUCAGCUAUGACUGGUACGAGCUACCGUGCCAGUCUCGUCUUGGCUGGUCAAGUUGAUAUUGCGAACGCUGCCAAACGAUGGGACAGCAAUGGAUAUUCGCAUCAUACGGAUAAUCAACCACCUUUUCCAUCUGACCAUCAACACUUGUUCCCAACAGACCAGCCAACCGCCAGUCCGAAUACAUCUCCAUACACCCGUUCUCCGCCCACCCGUCCGUUGUCACCAGCCAUACGACGCCUCGAUUUCUUAGUCUUGCUUAUUAUCCACAUGAAUAGCUUUCAUCCCCCCCCUGUUUGGUCCCCUUUUUGGUCCCCCUUCCUUCGGAUUGCCCCUCGGUUUGGUCCCCCAUUUUCGAUGCUCGGAGUCGGAGGCAAGCCGCAACCAGAGCCUUGUGAGUUGUCUCCGUUAAACAGUCGAACUGAACACUGGCCUGGAGCAGAGUCACGCUGGCUUGAGCUCUGGCCGUAGUCUCUUGGUUUGGAACCUGGGCAAACAAACGGGCAUUCCACCAAACCUUGCUCUAAAAACAGAGCUGAUCUCAUUCGAAUGUUGCCAUUUGUAUCCGG